UCCUUGGCCUUUCAAAGAAAACAGACGCUGGAUGUGCACAAGAUCUCCAAAGUGACGCACAGUUUCAAACUUGUGUGAUGGGAUAUAGCAUGUUUAUCACUAAUGCAGUUGAAAAGAUGGACCCUAAUGACCCGAACGCCAUGAUGAACUUAAUGUGCAGCACUGAAGGGAAGCAGAAAAUUGCAUGUCUAUUAACGGCCGUUGACACAUGUCCGGACCUGAUGACAACCGGAAAUUAUGCAACCAUGCUUCAAAGUCUACAAACAGUGAAACAAAUGGGUGGUGUCGAAGGAAUGUGCAGAAUUAUACAAGGUCCUUGUGCAGCUAUUCAAGAGUGUGUGACCGCACAAAGCUUAAAAUUACAGGAAGGACUUGCAACACCAUCAAACCCCCCUACACCAUUUAGUCUAUUCCAAUCAUAUGCCGGUUAUAUUUGCGGACCCCUGAAGAAUAUUUUCGAAUGUUUGAAGAACGCAGAUGAACAAUGUUCUA